CACCCGCCCGGGAGCAGCUGAUUGACAAUUCAAGCGCAAACUCUGCGCUGUGUUCUUUGACUGUUCUGGUUCGACUUGUCUUUUAGGGUAGAACUGCCAUCAUGAGUAGACCUCAUGCUGUCUCGCCGAGCUCACCGCGGCUCCCCAGCCCUCCGCCUUUCACAGAGGACCAGAUCGGACCCAAAUCGCCCACCGCUGAUCCGGCCCUGAUGGAUGAAAGGUCGGCGGCCAAGGCAGAUGCAGUAGCAACGCGACGGAUCCGUCCGGGUACAAAGGCAGCGGACAUGACUUCCGGUCCUCCGUUAAUUCCCCUACAAGACCUGGACUCGCCAUUCCAAUUACAAGAGCAUUUGAAAGCACUACACUACAAUCUCACGCACCCGCCUAACCUCGACCACACGGUUCCCAUUACGCGAUCAUUGGCCCAGAUCCUUGCUGAACCGCCGUCGAAUAUUGACCGGUCACUAUGGCUAUACGAACUUUGUCGGUUUUUGACAAUGCGCAUCAAUACCAUAAUCAUCAACCUCUUCAGCGAUACCCCAUCAUGCUCAGCACAAACGUGCCCCGAGAUGCGCGCGUCAGAAUGGCAAUAUCUCUGUGCCGUACAUGACCCGCCAAAAUCUUGUUGUGCAAUCGACUAUUGCUGCCACACGCUGGACUGGGCUGGCAACAUUCUCACCUCUCCAAAGCAUUUCCCCAGUCGACUAACACUGGGCUCCGAGUCUGGUGGUGGGACACAGCAGGGGGUGCGGCAACUGACUAAUAUUUUCCGUAGACUGUACAGGAUCUUUGCCCAUGCGUGGUUUCAGCACCGCCAUGUCUUCUGGCAAGUCGAAGGCAACGAGGGAUUGUAUGUCUUUUUCAAGACUGUGAGCGACGCGUAUAAUCUGAUCCCCGAGGAUAACUAUACCAUCCCCGCUGAAGCGGAGCAUGUUGAUCAGGAACUGGAAGCAGAGGAUGUGCGGCUAGACCAGCCUCUCCAAACGCCGGUUGUUUUCAGUCGAAGAGAACACUCGCGACAACAAGAACCAACAACCCCCGAAAAAGAAAAGGGCAAAGGAAGGAAGCGGGAAAAGGACCUCGGGACGGAUACCGCGAGAUUGGCGCCGGGAUCUACUACAAGUGGAGGAGUCACGCCUACAGCAACAACUGCUACCAGAAGACACAAACCUACACCCUCAACCGGAUCGGCAGUAAUGACCGUCGUUGAAGAGGACGAGGACGAAAAGCGAAACGAGGGAAUAGAGCCCUUCCCUGCUCAUGGCGAGCCAGUCGAGUUGCAGAGCGGACAGGAAGGGUCCACGGACAAGGCUGAAGAUCCUGCGAAAAACCAGCCAUUUGAUGAAAGGCCAGAGGCCGAAUCUACAGAAGAACCUACAGAAUCCGCACCGCCAACAGCAUCCACUGAGCAGGAUGGUGGUGAUGAUGAUGGCAAACCAACCGAUACCCAGAAAUCGGAGCAAUCCGAAGCACCAUCGGUCGAAGUAACUUCCGAAUCGACUCCCGAGGAACAAGCAGAGCCAUCGUCAUCCACAGAGGACAGAUCGGCCGAGCCGCUGGCAGAGGAGGAAGCCAAGAGCCACGACGCAAUCCCAUCAAAUCAACCAUCAUCAUCAGCAGCAGAAGACUCUGAUCCCAAGCCUGGCCCUGAACCCGAAGUCUCCACUGAAACCACCAACGCGCCUACCUCGCAACACUCAGCGAACCAGGCCUCAUCUUCAUCUUCUACUUCUUUGCCUGCCGCUACCUCAAACGAGCCUCACGAAUCAAAUACAAAACCAGCUCCCGCCGAAGAGCCAGACAACGACCUUUCGUCAUCCUCCAGCACUGCGGAAGAUGGACCCGAGAAGGACAUUUCCAACUCAACCUCGGCCGCGGCCGCAACCGCACCUCCGACGACCUCUGCGCCCGAAAUCGCAGAGCAUACCGAGCAGUCCGUCCCCUCUCUUUCUUCUUCUUCCGCCAAUAACACCGAGCCCACCGAGUCCACCGCGCCCGAAGAAACACCUCAUCCUACUUCUUCUUCUACUUCUCAUCCCGAACCAAAAGAGCCAGCGGCCGAACAAUCCGAGCCACCCGCAAUCUCGGAAUCAACGCCAGAAGAUAAGACAGCAGAAGCCAGCAAAGUCGAAGGUGAAGGUACUUAGCAGUGAAGAAACACCAAUUACUACCUACCUUGUAUUUAAAAAAACUCGACCUGUUGAGAACAUACAGAAGAUGAUGACUAUGAGACUAUGAUGACGGGUUGCUGGGCUGCUGGGAUCUGAGUAUUGCGGUGUCACGGUGUGGACAUGCUCGCUCAAGGCUUAUUGGACUCGUGUACUCUGUAGAGUCGUCGGCUCGUCGGCUCGUCGGCUCGUCGGCUCUUGGACUCGUGGGCUGGGCCUAAUGGUUUGAGGCAGGAAUUUGAUGAAAUACACCCGAAAUAAUUUUUCGUAUGCUGUACCCUUUGUAACUUUAGUGCCGUCGAGCGGGAUGAAUCUAGAUUAUGUUUUUAAUUUAAUUUAGUAGCGAUACCAGGUUUUAUCAUUGCUUGUUUACUUGCUUUCGUGCAUACCUGCUUGCUUUUUUUCGUCCUC